UAAAUUAUGUUUUAGACCUUAACACAGUGAAAGUCUCGUGUGAUAGUUCAUCGUCGAAUGAUGUCGAAGCACAGUCAAAACAUACCUCAAGAUCUUUUAAUUCAAGGUCGGUCAAUUCAUGUAGGUCGAGCAAAAAAACUAGCGUUUUUAAGACGUCACUGUCUCCACGGCCACAGGCACCACCAUCAUCUUCGCCGAGGGUCCUCAAACGCAAAUCGGGCGUACAACAAUUGGCCAACAAUCGGCUAUCCAGUUCAGCUGAGGUUAUGAAGAUAACAAUUUUGGAACCAUCGCCAAGUAAUGAUCAGUGCAACUGCAGCCAGUCUGGAUAUUCGGAAUUGCCCGUCGUCAACGGCGUCACAAUCAACAAUAAUAAUAACAACGAUGAUGACAAAAACAAUCAGAAGUAUGAAGUAUUGGAAACUAUUGACUUCGCUAACCAGAAGAAGCAGCAACUGGUGUGCGUGGCUGACUCCGGAUCUUCGAUAGACAUUACAAAACCGGCCACCGUCUACGCGGAGAAGCCAGUGCAUCACGAAAGUGAUGGCCCCAUUUUAUCUGUAUCUCGUCCACCGACUCCAUCCACUGCCAAAAAGCAGCCAAUCGAGAGUCCACAGCAGAUCGAUGGUGACAAUGUUUCAUCCAUGACCUGUCCACUGACUCUGUCCAAUACCGCCGAGCAGCUAAUCGAGAGUUCGCAGCAGAUAGAAGGUGACAACGUUUCAUCCAUGUCCUGUUCACUGACUCUGUCCAAUACCGUCGAGAAGCCAAUCGAGAGUUCACAGCAGAUGGAAAGUGACAACGUUUCAUCCAUGUCCUGUCCAUUGAAUCCACCCUCUACCGUCGAACAGCAAAUCGAAAUGGUACAGCAGAUCGAAGAUGACAACAUUUCAUCCAUGCCCUGUCCAUUGAAUCCACACUUUACAGUCGAACAGCAAAUUGAGAUGGUACAGCAGAUCGAAGGUGACAACGUUUCAUCCAUGUCCUGUCCAUUGAAUCCACCCUCUACCGUCGAACAGCAAAUCGAGGUGGUACAGCAGAUCAAAGAUGACAACAUUUCAUCCAUGUCCUGUCCAUUGAAUCCACCCUCUACUGUCGAACAGCAAAUCGAAAUGGUACAGCAGAUCGAAGAUGACAACAUUUCAUCCAUGUCCUGUCCAUUGAAUCCACACUUUACAGUCGAACAGCAAAUUGAGGUGGUACAGCAGAUCGAAGGUGACAACGUUUCAUCCAUGUCCUGUCCAUUGAAUCCACCCUCUACCGUCGAACAGCAAAUCGAGGUGGUACAGCAGAUCGAAGGUGACAACGUUUUAUCUAUGUCCUGUCCACUGACUCUGUCCAAUACCGUCGAGCAGCCAAUCGAGAGUUCAAAGCAGUUCGAAUGUGACUACGUUUCAUCUAUGUCUUGUCCACUGACUAUGUCCAUUGCCGUCGAGCAGAAAAAUGAGAAUGUACAAAAGACCGACGAUGAUAUCGUUUCAUCCAUGUUCUGUCCGUUGACUCUGUCCACUACCGCCGAACAGCAGAUUGAGAGAGUACAGCAGAUCGAAGGUGCAAACGUUUCAUCCGUGUCUUGUCCGCUGAAUGUGUCCAUUGCCAUUGAGCAGCAAAUUGAGAGUGAACAGCAGAUCAAAAGCGACCCAGCCAUAUCCAUUUCCAGUCUAUUGUCUCUGUCCAUUGUAGUUGAGCAGCCGGUGGCCGUCAAAAACUCAGUGAUGACGGAAGUUGUUGUGGCCAACCACCAUACAGUUUCACCGGAAUUGUCGCCACAGUUUCCUGUUAUGACAUCAACCACUGACGACGAGAACCCGAUAGUCCAUAAAGUUGUCUCGCCGUCGCCGCAGCCCAAAGAUGGCAUCGAGUGUCCGGUUCAAUCAAAUACGGGAAUGAUGGUGCUCUCAGACAAACCGGCGAUGUCCAAGUACGAGAUGAAGAUAAAAGAAGUAGACAACAACAUAAUUUCGUACUCGAAAUCGAUACUGUGCACGGUGCUGGUCGUCGUGCUCCUUCGCGUAUUGUUCUGAUACAAAUCGCUCUAAUUUUUUUCAACUAUUGUAUUAUAAGAUUUCUAUGUCGCCCAUUUAUAAUAUAUUAUAAUAUUACUUACGUACGAGUAAAGUUUUCCACCAACCGGUUAAUCCAAGAGAUUAUCGAUUUUUAAACGUACUCGUCAUCAUUUGAACGGAUGUUUUUAAAAAUCGAUAGUCCACGGAUGACCCUCAGUAAACGUUACUCGUUCGUACUGAGUGAUGAUAAUAAUAAUUAACUUCGCAUCCUAGGGAUCAAAAUUCUUUAUUCAUAUUAUGUUAUAUAUAAAUAUAUGUGAUUUUUAUUUUUUUGUUUUACCAAUUACCUAGAGAUGAUUUAUAUUACUGUUUAGUUUAUGUCAUAAUAAUGUUUAUACAUCUUAUAGUUUACACAAUAAUUAUUAUUAUCCUAAUACUUUAGUGCUGCACGUUCAUUAUUCAACCAAAGAAAAUGAUGUUAUCGCAGCUGCAGCCAAUUUAGGCCAGUUUAAGUUAAAUUAUCGUCACUUCCCUACCUAUUAUAAUUAUAUGCCAUUCACGUGCACUAGCACUGUGGGUAUUAUUUAUUUACUAUAUUUUUUACAUUGCGAAUUAUUUUUAUUUUUAUUUGAAUUAUUGUACUAUAUUAAUUUAUAUAUUAUCAUAAUAAUUGAAAACCAAUUCUUCGUCAUAAGUAAAUGUAUUGCGUACAAAUGUUAUAAGUACAGGAUUUCAGUUUUAAAAACAAAAAAAAAAUCUUUACCAAACAUAUUAUAUGUUUGUUGUAAUUUUUUUUUUUGUAGUUAAUUUACGUGUUUCCUGUAUGUAUAACGUGAGUUUCAAAAAUAAUUUUUCACUAUACCAAUAUUGUACUACAUAUUAUUAUACUAUUUAUUUGAUUGUCAUUUAUUAAUAAAAUCACGCAGAAAUACUAAGAUAUAUUUGACGAGUUAAAUGUCCGUUGUCUAAUGAGAAUUGAUUUAUUAUAACAUUUAAAGUUAAGAAAUCUAUUUGAUGAUCAACCACAUAUUUAUUAUAUAAGCUAAAAUUAAAAGUUUGAUGUUUUACAAAACGUUUGAAUAGGUACAACCUAAAACAUGUAUCGCUUGAACAGUAAAAAUGUGUUUUAUUAAUAAUUUAUUUUUGUUUCAUAGAUAAUAUUAAUAUAUACCAAAGUAUUCUACCAAAAAAAGUCUACCUAAUCAAAUAUUACUAAACCAAUUAUUAUUGUUAUUGUAUUGGUCCUUUGUAUUUUCAGUAUUGUGAUUAUUGGGUAUAUCCCGCGCCUACGUAUAAAAAAAUAUAUUUACAUAUAAUUAAAUUAAAA